ACAGUGCUAUUUAUGCUAUUUCAUUAAUAGCAAUUUUUUUCCAAAGAAAUGUUCUGCUUUUGUAUUAGACAAAUUAAUGUAACAUAAAUUAUACGAGUAAAAUCUUUUCUGGAUCUUGAUUUCCUUAUCCAGUUCCUUCAUUCCUUGAUUUAUUUGACCCCUCUGUGCUUUUUGAUAUUGCGAUUGCCCGACUUAAUCUAUUCAAAGAAUGCCGCGUGUAUACCUUUCUGAUCCACGCUGUGGCCGUCGAUGGCCAUGCUAUUACUUGGCCCUUCUGAAUAGCAAACGGAGGAAACUAAUAGGAGUUGCGCCAUAGUGUGGCUAUGGUGUGACGCAACGGGCUAUUGUGAAAUACGCAUAUCUGACAGCCUUGCUAUUAAAUUCUUGGAAUGAAUAGCAAGAGCUCACACGCGAUCACGCAUACAAAUCGUCAGUUCGAUAAACGUUGGGAAGAGAGUAGAGACCUUUUCAGAUACAAAAUGAAUCAAGUAGCGUCAGGUGGUGUACGAUGGGGUGUUUCAACUGUCUUUUCCCUCAUAUCUAUGCAAGGAGGUAAAUUAACUCAUGAACAGCGCCUUCGUCUUAAAAAAGACGGACGCCCAUGCCCCGAUGUUAAAGUUAAAAGUCGUUCGUGUGAAGCUGUGUAUAGAGGUUUUUCUUGGAUAUGUGGUGAUUCAGAGAAGAAUACAUAUUUCUGCUGGCCAUGUUUAGUCAUGGGAGAUCAUUUGAAGAUGAAGGCUUGCUUCGUGCAACCAACUGGAUUUGCAUCUGAUGGCAGGAAUUUGUCGAAUGUUGCUAACAGGCACCAAGAAUCAAAAAGUCACAUGACAUGUCACGCUUCGUACAAGCUUUUAGGGAAUGUGGAUGUGGCCAGUGCACUUGAUGAAGCAAGACAGAGAGAAAUUCUGAGACAUAAUGAAAAUGCAUCAAGAUAUUCAAAGAUGAUGAAGCACCAUAUUGAUGUUGCAGUCUACUUGUCUGCCCAAGGACUCGCUUUCCGGGGGCAUUCUGAAGACAAAUUCUCUCCAAACAGGGGAAAUUUCAUUGAAUUGAUGGACUUGUUAGGGAACUACAGUCAAGAGUUGCGAGUUUUCCUAGACAAGGAACGGAUAAGUUACACCUCCCACGACCCACAAAACGAAUUGAUCAAAUGCAUUUUCCAAGAAGUCCAGAAUGAAAUUCGAAAUCGAGUAAGUGCUUCCAGAUGUUUAUCCGUAAUGAUGGAUGACACCAGUGACUUGAGCAACACGGAGCAGUCGGCUGUUUCAGUGAGACUUAUUCAUGAUGGGAAUGUCGAAGAACAUUUGCUUGGCCUCACAGAUGCAUCUGACGAUCAAUCUGCUGAUGGGCUUACAAAGAUCAUGAUAAAAAUAUUAGGGAGCUACAAUGUUACUCCUGAGACAGGAAAGAGAAAGCUGAUUGGACAAUCAUAUGAUGGUGCGGCGACAAUGAGUGGCGAGCUCAAUGGUGUGCAAAAGAGAAUGCGAGAUUACUUUCCACUUGCCUACUACAACCAUUGCGUUGCACACAGGAUGUCACUUUGUGCGUCGCAGUCAUCGAUGAAAAUCCCAGAAGUGGCUAAAUUCUUUGGAAUAUUAGACAAGCUGAUAACGUUUUUCCGAAGCAGUCCCAAGCGAACGCGAUACCUUGGAUAUAAUCUUCCAAAGCCUGGUGAUACAAGGUGGCUUUCUCGAGACACAGCCAUUACUGCAAUCGAUUCGUGCUACGAGACAAUCGGCACAGUCUUAUACCAGAUGUCUUCGAAUGGGAGAGAGAAAGUCGACACCCAAACGACAGCCAGAGGUCUUCUUGCCAACAUCCAAAAUGUUGACUUUCUAUGUUUACUGAAGUUGUACAGGAAGAUCUUUGAGCAUUGCACGCCAAUUAUCACCGUUAUGCAGAAGCCAACAUUGGAUGCUGUUCAGCUGAGAUCUAUGCUCGACGACUUCCAACGUUUUCUUGCUGCACUAAGCUUUGAAGACAUUUGGCAAAUUACACUCGAUGCGGACCCAAGUUUCCCCGUAGAACGAGCCAGAGCAGGAUGGAGAGGAAGGGAAACGCACAAUAAUGGAUCCGAAGAUGCUUGGAAAGAGAAGCUGUCGAUUGUGGCAUCAAAAGUAUGCAUCGAGUUUUCAGGGCAGAUUUCAUGGAGAUUCGAGAACCUCAAAAAAUUCAAGUGGAUGGAUCUGAUUCACCCCGCCAAGUUUGCAGAGAAUGUCAAAAGGCCUCCUAAUGAGAUAAAAGAGCUCAUCAGAGAAUUCGGAGAUUUGUACCCAUUUGCCGUUCAUGACAUAAAUUCAGUGGAACACAAUUUGGAAGUUUUAUACAAUAACCAUGAGAUCUCGCUGCUUCUUCGUAAAUGUGCGAACGAAAGGAACAGAGCCAUGAAGCAAAGGAGAGCAAGGCACAGAAGUAAUAAAGCAAGCCAUCGCGAGGAAAGUAGCUCUGGUGACCAGGUGAUGGAAGAGGUGAUAGACGUGGAAGAAAUUGACGAAUUUGAAAUUAGAGAAAGUACGGGUCUUGAGGGAGACAUUGCACACGGAGAAACAUUGAGUAUGCAAGACCUGCUCACUGUAAUACAUAGCACGGACCUUGCAGAUGCUCUUCCGCAGGCAAUGGUUCUCCUGGAAGUUGCAGCAGUGACCCCACUCACAAGCGUACACUGCGAAAGAGUGUUCAGCCGUAUGAAAAGAGUGAUUUCAGAAUCGAGAUCAAGAAUGCUGCAAGAAAGAAAGGAACACCUUGUUUUCUUACAAGUUGAGCAUGGUACAUUGCGAUCAUUGGCAAAGCAACCAACAUUUUAUCAGAAUGUUGUUAGCAGGUUCAGAGAGAGCAAUCAGCGACGGCUCGAACGAUUUUCAAGAAAAUAACUGCAAUUUUUUUCAUAGAUGUGCUUGAAAAAAUGAUCAAUUUGCGAUACACGUUUGUUGUAAAAAUAAAAUAAAAACAACAAUAAUGUUUGAGCUUAGACGAAAUGUUUUCUUUUUUUCAAAAUAUUUCGUAUCUUAAUAGAAAUUUUUGUGGAUUUUUCAGAAACGAGCGUAGUUUUGGAAAAUAGACCAUCAUUUAGGAGCAGUGAUAACUUUAUAUCUGUAUCCCUCUUGUAAAGGAUGGGCGUUUCCGCCCUUUUAAAGGGCGUGGCCCCCGGACCCACGUUGUUCACUCGCUUCGCUCGCGAUUAAUAGCAAUUUAUUAUUGCUCCCCGCCGCCCCUGGUUGAGGGGGUAGUAAGGAUUUUCACUAGCUAACCAGCAGACUAUUUGCCAAUUAAUUUUGUGAAACCAAUGACUUCUGACUAACCAUAUUAGUUUUUUGACUUAUGGCUAAUGCAAAUUAAUCCUAGUGUCUGUUAUCCAAUAACUGAGGGCUCGCGCUUUGAAAAAAAAUUAGCUGAGCACUACCAUGUGUUUUUUCUAAUCAACUAUCGAUGUGUUGGCUAUUGGGUAUGGGAAAGUUCACAUAGUAUGUAAUCAAAGAUGGGGAGGGGGGAUUUACAUAAACGUUAUGGCUAUUUCGGUUAUUUUGGCUAUUUGCUAAAGGUUGUUAAAAUAGUUGUUUAGGGAGAAGGGGGGUUUUCAAAUAUUGCAGUAAUAUGUACAUUUGUUUGUGUUGUCUCUCUUGAAUAUGUAGUGCUUUUUUCUUUGGGCCAUCAACUAUCCCUUGAUAAUGAAAACUGCUCUAAGAAUGAUAGAGGACAAUACUUCCUGUCCGUGGCAAGCUAUUAUGUUUUGCAAUUAAACGAACAACUCAUAGGCAUCCUGUUUUUGUACGUUAAAACCAGGAGUUUUGUACCAA